AUGGAGGAUAGAAGGACAGACAGUCGGGCAAUUGGUGACGACGGUUCAUUUAGUCGUCCUACACAAUCCUAUAUCACCCAUCGAACGUCUGCCACACAAACGCAACCGAGUGAUUCUGUCGUCAUCACUUGUCCAUCGGAUGCAGAUGGUUCGGCCUCUCAGCCACNCAAACAAUGUUUCUGUCCAACGAGCAAUGUAAUGGAAACUCAACCAAUCAAUUCGAACCCCAUGGAGAAUAUACCACCUCCGAUAUAUCCGGAGGGAAGUGCUCACACCGCACAGCAAACGGUAUUUGUGAGUGACCAUCCAUGCGCACCGUACAAAAUGCUCCUCCUGCCACAAACAUAUCCAGACUAUUAUCCGACCUUUGUACCCGAGCCGGCUAGACCUGUUUCUGCAGGAGCUUAUUUAGUGGACUGUGGAGGUGCGAGUAUGCCGGUGCAUGUUCGAUCAGAUACCAUGUUCACCGGAUUACGUCGACCGGGAUGUCGAUGCCAAACGGCUAGCUGCUGUCAUCUUUAUUGGGCUGGAAAUUAUGGCCGGGAGCCGGAUUAUGUGACAAUGAAUAUUUCACCUCCUGUACGCAAUUAG